AGUGCCUACGUAUCGGAAGAUAGGUUUUUGUUACUGCUUGUCAAACGGAAGAGCUUCAUCAGACAACAAGAGUUCACUAAUUUACGUAUACAGUACUCGUCAUCAAACAAAUCAAUCUAGUGCAACCAUCAAAACAUGCUGCCUGGCUCGAAACGGUUCCAUUCAGUGGCGGGACGGCGCACCAGCAGCUGCACGACAACCCGGCUCCUGUUCAUCUUCCCACAACGUGAUCUAUUCUUGCUGCUCUGGGCUCCAGUUAUGUGUGGUUGCUUCCUCUACUUACUCAGCGUGGUUGUAAAAGCGGAUGGCGAGCAGGACCACGCCUGGAAGGAUCAGGAUCAGGAUCAUCAGGCUCGCCCCUCCGCCGGCUGGGGCAGUGCAACAAGGGGACCAGCUACACCCAGUUCACCUACAUCUUCGGUUGUAGCAAGCUCGUCGCUGCAGAUCGUGCUGGACGGGCGCCGGCGUCUACUAGUACUCCGGGCUCCUCCUGGGACAAACAGCUCUCUGCGGCGGACCACCAGAGGCUCGUUCAGCUCAGCGCGACGGUUGCCACACUAGUAGAGACAUCCUUGACCGCGCUCCGAGCGUCGGCCUUAGACCUGCAGGCGUCGAUCGUGGAGCUCGAGCGCGAGAACGAGGAACUGACAGCGGACGUGAGCAGUUGCGGCGCAGAAAUCCUGGAGGUGAGCGAGGAAAAUGAGUCGGGCUUCCGGAUCGUGCGCGAUCUUAUGUCGAUGCUCGAAGUGGUCGGCUCGUGGACGCUCACACUCAUUUUGGGCGCUGCGAAACUGGAGUUUCUCUUAACAGUUUCUUUUCUCUCUGUGGGUUUUCUGGCACUUCUAUUGAGAGGAAAAAUCCCCCCUCCCCAUAUUGAAAAGGUAUGUUUCUAAAAAUUUGUGUUGCGGAUUUGAGGUCACAUAUCACAUCUGUCUUGCAAGAAGACAAGGGCAGAAGCUUCCGCCCCAUUAUGGAAGCGAUUUGUCAUGCUGCUGGGCCUAAAGGGGGGCCGUUUGCCAUGCUGAACUACUAGACCCAUUCGCCCCUACCUAGCCUGGGGAUCUGGCCGCAGUGCCUCUCUGCAAUACAAAGCCGAUUUGUGGUCACGAAUCAGCAUCACAAAUUUCCGUUUUGAUAUGGGGAGGGGGGAUUUUUCAUUUUGAUAACUUCUGACUGGGCUCGUGCUUCCCACCCGCCUCGUGUUCCUGCCCCAGGAGUUUAUUUCUGAUGAUGUUCCGGAAGAGGACGAGGACGACGAGGUCGACCAGGCGCAGGGAACGGGCGCCGCCCUUGUGGGUGGUAAAACUGAAGCGGGAACUACUUCUUCUACCCGCGCUCCUGCACAGCUCCUGCAAGAUGAUGACCAUCUUCUUGCCGGCGAACAACGGCAACCGGAAGCGGCCCCCACCCGGAAGAAGGGCACCAGCAGCUGCACGGAGUACUGGGCGCUGCCAUGGGAUUUUUAUUACAUGGGCACGCUUGCGAGUGUGACGCAGCAGCAGGGCAGUGCAGAAGGCCGCAUUUUCUCCACGUGCCUUGUGAUCAACGAAGUCUGCGUGCUUCUCUCCCGCUACACAAUCGUGCUGUACGACCGCCAGUGUAUUCAUUGGGACGAAUGGGAAGUUUUGCGUCGGGAAAGCCUCGGACUCGCUUUUCUCGGCACCGAAGGAUUUGGGAAUCUGGUGCUUCGCGUCGUCUGGCUCAUCGCUCCAGCGCUUUUGCUGCUGAUAACGGCGGCGGUUCCGAGCGCCACGUUUGAUCACAAAGAAGACCAGAAGCAGAAGGAUCGCCACGACGUCGGCAUCUCGCCGCAGGACGCAGUUUCCCCUGACACAGCAGUCGUAGGCCAGCGGCAGCGCGCGGACUCCUCCAGUAAUUGCUAAUUUCUGUUUUCAAAGCGCUUCAAGUUCAAUACUCUUCGGAGAUUCAAUCCCUAGGCAUCUUCGGACGCUCUUGUAUACUUCAAUGCAAUUUAGAUAAACGUUUGCAGUGGUCGGACGCUAGAAAUUACAUGGCCCUCCUCGGGCAUCUAUCGGACGGUCUCGACCGGACGACACCCAACAAAAAGACAGCAAUCAACAUUCCUUCAAACAAACAAGAAUUUCGGGCGCCAAAGAUUGCCAAGCCAACCCCUUUUUCCCUGCACGCGAUUGCCUCCUUGCUUCACGACAAAAACACUCGGAACAGCAUGGUGCUCCUCAAUCGGGCGUCGUUUGUGGCAGUGGCGUUGAUGCUUGGUUUUGAAACGAGGCAGCUAGUGUGGACCGACAGGAUCGACAUAGGCGCAGUGUUGUUUGGUAGUGGCGGUUAUCAAAUGCAAAUAUGUCUGGGUCUGGAAGAGUCCGAACUUGUGAUGCUGCAUUUGGUAUUCCAAAAAAAUCUGUAUUGCAUGACCAGCAAAGGGAAUCGAUUUUGACUAUGCGGAGAGGGCAUUUGUCAUGCGCAAUAGGCAUCACGAAGUUCUCAAAAAGUCUGUGAUGCCAGGGCAUGCAUCACAGACAUCAUGGCCCAUGCAAAACGUGCAUGAAAAGUCUCAGAAUCUUCCAGACCCAGACAUUUUUGCAUUUGAUAGCGGCGAGCAGGACAUGAGUGACGAAGACUUCGUGUACCGCCUAACGCACGGCCGCUUUGGUGAGUGCUUCAUCGGCAAAGAGCACAUGGUCGCGUUGCAGUUUUUCCGGUGGAUACACUUCCCGCGGGUGUUGUGUUUGGUCCUCGCGUGGGCGCUUUCCUUGAUUUUUGUCGUUUCGGUGCUCCUCUUGCAGCAUUCCAACAGAAGUACUUCGCUUGCGGGCCGCCGUGCGGACGCAUCAGCGGGUGGUCGCUUGGUCCCGAAGUCUGCCAGCUUGCUUUUGCCGCGCACGGUGUACACGUCCCAGGUUUUGGCUAUGCUGGCAGUCUUUUCUUUGCCGAUGUUGUCGAUCUUCGGUGCCCUCUCACAUGCUAGUGGUGAUUUAAGCAGCUGGUUCCACAAUUCCACCGCAAUUGUCGGCGACUUUGUAUCAGAUCCUCAAACAUUUUUACCUUCUCAACUCUUGCAUAUACUUAUUACUAUCUAAACUGCAGCAGCUGGUCAAAAAUGCAUGCGAGGGGUAUGCUCGGGGGUAUGUUCGGGGGUGUGUCAGGGGUAUGCAAAUGGCAGUCAAUCACGACCUGAAUACAAAUUUUUGGCGAAAAAGCAGAAGGUGGGGUAUAAACAUACCCCAGACACACCCCAGACACACCCCAGACAUACCCCAGACAGACCCCCGAACACACCCCAGGCAAAAAGUCCGAACAUACCCCAGACACACCCCGGACACACCUUGGGCAGACUUUCGGACACACCCCAGACAGACUUUCGGACACACCCCGGCCAAACUUUCGGACUUUGUCACGCGAGGUUUGGCCCCGAAGUCCAGUCUGUCACGCGUCGCGAGACGGACCGUGCGGCCACGGGGCGAAAGCCCUAGGCCAGCGCGGGGACUCGGUCCCCGCGUCAUGGCCUAGGGGUCAGCUGCAAGUGCUUCCCGGACACCGUGCGGCCACGGGGCGAAAGCCCUAGGCCAGCGCGGGGACUCGGUCCCCGCGUCAUGGCCUAGGGGCCAGCAGCAAUUGCUUCCCGGACACCGUGCGGCCACGGGGCGAAAGCCCUAGGCCAGCGCGGGGGCUCGGUCCCCGCGUCCUGGCCUAGGGGUCAGCUGCAAGUGCUUCCCGGACACCGUGUGGCCACGGGGCGAAAGCCCUAGGCCAGCGCGGGGACUCGGUCCCCGCGUCAUGGCCUAGGGGCCAGCAGCAAUUGCUUCCCGGACACCGUGCGGCCACGGGGCGAAAGCCCUAGGCCAGCGCGGGGGCUCGGUCCCCGCGUCCUGGCCUAGGGGUCAGCUGCAAGUGCUUCCCGGACACCGUGUGGCCACGGGGCGAAAGCCCUAGGCCAGCGCGGGGACUCGGUCCCCGCGUCAUGGCCUAGGGGUCAGCUGCAAGCGCUUCCCGGACAACGUGUGGCCACGAGGCGAAAGCCCUAGGCCAGCGCGGGGACUCGGUCCCCGCGUCAUGGCCUAGGGGUCAGCUGCAAGUGCUUCCCGGGCACCGUGCGGCCACGGGGCGAAAGCCCUAGGCAAGCGCGGGGACUCGGUCCCCGCGUCAUGGCCUAGGGGCUAGCUACGAACACUCUCCGGACACCACGCCCCGCGGCCAAGAAAGCACGGGGCGAAGAAAAUCCCUAGGGCAGAAGUGUGGGGAUUCUGUCGCCGCGUUAUGACUUGCGGGCCGGCUCGCUCCAGAUCCGCACCCGGCGCCAGUUUGUUUCUUCUUUUCUUUUAAUUAUCUUUGCGCGCGGCAGGUGAACGGACCUAGUGCGCGCAAGCAAGGGUGCCGCGUCCGCAGGCCCGUCGCGGGUCAGUGAAUGCAAGGCGCACCGAGAUACCUAGCUGCAGGCGACCUGCCUGCCCAGUGCCACCGCGCAGGCAGGCAAAUGCCGGAAGGUCGCCGCACGGGGACUCUGUCCCCGUGCUCGGACCUUGUUUGUGAUGCAAGAAGAAGAACAGCAAAACUGAAAGGGAGGGGCUUGCAACGUUCGCAUCACAUCAUUCAAAUUUGGGAUGGAUUUCCGUGCAGUUUAGGCCUUCGCGAGCUUGUCAUGCGAAGUACGACCUUGAUCGCGUGGCGGCUUGUGGUAAUUUUGCAAUGAGAAAUCAGGUAGUUGAGAGUGUAACAUUUGAGAGUCCCAUACUUUGUUCACUGGGUUAACGGCGCCGUGGUGCAUUGGACGCCAUCUUGUGGCACCUAUGCCGACUUCCUGCGGCCGUUCGCCUUGUAGUAAUCAAAUUGAAACCAUGUGUCUGGGUCGAGAAAUAUAAGCUGUGAUGCGGAGUAAAUGAAUACAAUUACUAGAUCCCUUCGAGCAAGUGGAAGUGCAGCCAUGGCCAUGAGGGAGAACAUGAACAAGUGAACAAGUAUGAAAAACUGUUAGGGCUCUGCUCGCUCUUUCUCAACUUCAUAUUUUACGGCAACGCGCACUACAAGAAGCUGUGGCUUUUCAUCAGAGCAAAUAAAGCCGGUUCGCUGUUGUCGGUCACGCAAAACUAUAUCUGCAUGAGGACAUGAUCUUCCGGUUCCGCAUGUUUAAGGCAGUAGUCCAAGUUGAAGCUUUGCCUUUGGCUUUUCUGACCCAUUAGACAUGUUUGCACCGCAUAUCUACCCCAAUGGAACGACUCCGACAUGCGACGAUACGACCGCAAUGUGGUGGGAAAUGCCUCACGAACAGUCCUUCAAUUAUACCGUUUGGUGGGGAAGACCAGAUGUGGUCCAUUUCUUAUCAAAAAAUGCAAAAAAUGCGGUCUGGCUCUGGAAGGGAGGAUUUUGCGUGUCUUGGCUUCGUCUUCGUGUAAAUACAAAUAUAUAAAUGUAAAUCUGUGUAGAAGUUGAUGCGUGACCAACAAAAAGCAAAAGGAGACAUCUUUAUUUGUCAUGCAGAAGCGUAGCUCACUCUAAAUCUAAUGCGCACUUCUACGCAUGAGAAAGUGAAGUGUCCUGAAAGUUUGUCAUGCUUGGCUGCUCUCAGGAGUAUCUAUCUAUGCAAGUGUGCGCAAUCAUUGCAUUUGAGCAUCACAAGUUUCCAGACCCAGAUCGAUAUUUGCAAUGCAUGGUGCUCAGGUGGCAACGAAAUCAAAUGGCCCUCCUGGGGGGCGGAGCACCCUCAAUAGUUGCUGUAGGGGCACUCGCCAUCUCCUCCGUGUACUGCCCACCUUCAUGGACGAAAAUUAGACGAACAAAAAGUUGCGCCGACGCCCCCGACGGCAAAGAUAUGAUUUCGCGACAAAUAAAAUAGAACUAUAGAAUUUUUACUCGGAUUUUUCGCGCUUAUAGAUUAUAGGGGCGCCCUUAGAAAAUGAAUUCUAGAAAAGAAGGCAUCUAGAGCAUUCCCCUAGGGCUAUUCCUUAGGGGAUAGCCCUAGGAGAUAGCCCUAGGGGAUGGCCUUAGGAAGGUUGACGAGACGGCACACAUAGAAACGCUGCAAGCGCAGCCGGUCGGUAAGCAGUUUAUUUGCGACGUGAGAUGUUUCACUCUGCAACGCAGGCCACAAGGAUUUGCGAGGGCAGGCGGCACCCUGCAGCGCAGGUCGCAACUUGCAACGGCAGCCGCAGCC